UCCUCCUCCUCCUCCUCCUCCUCCUCCUCGUCCUCCUCCCCGGCCGCACAGCCACCUGCCCCACAUGGCGAGCAGCACGCGCGUGUCUGCGGCCGCCUCUCCCCACGCAGGCAGCCCUUAUGGCUCCAGCCCCGCGGGCUCAGCAGCUGCAGCGGCUCGGCGUCACACGGAGUGCGCGCCAGCUCGAUGGCGAGCGGCCGCCCCCACCGCGCGCCGCGCGCCAAUCCGCGGGGCCACGUCAUGCUGCCCGAGCACCUGUACCAGGCCUCCUUUCAGAUGGGCAGGUUCCUCCGCUACGUAGCCUUCAAGAGAGGCAUGCUGGACGACCAGAACUGGAUGGAGCUGGGAUUGGUGCUCCAGGAGCUGCGGUGCCAGCAGAGCCACCCCGUCGACGUGUGCGAGGCCGACGUGCCCAGGAUUGUGGAGCUGUCCUACAAGAACAACGAGCCACGCUUUGACUUGGAGCGGCGUCGCGAUGGGUCUACGUGGGUUCUUGCCGCCCUGGGUGCGUCGGUCCCGGCAACCUCACAGGGUCACGAUCCGCGGCUUUCGCUCGCAGCAAGAGCGGUACGCGCCCAGUCCAGGG